UCCUGUCCAGGGAGGCAAGGAGGGAGGGAGGGGUAGUACCUGCACACCGACGCGGCUCUGGAGCCUUUCCAAGGCCAGCAGCAGGUUUGCUGAGACGCCACCCUGCUGGGGAAUGCACCUGCCCGGGCGAGAGGUGAGGGCUUGCAGCCUAUCGCCAGCGCUGCCCGCGCCGCACCAGGAAGGGGAGCCGGCAGGAGCACCUGUUUCUUGACAGGCGGUUGCUGGAGAAAGGGAAGAGAUUUUCCCCGUGAGCUCCCUCGUUACCUUGAUCCAGUGGAAGGAGAGUCAGGAAAAACCACUGCUGCCAGCCAGGAGCAGGGAACAGUGCUGGGCUGUCGGGUGCGGGCAGCGUCUGCUGCAGCAAAUCUUGACAGACUCUCCCAGUCUCCAUGAUGCUCACAAAGUCCACAUAGCUGCAUAAAACCUUUCCAAAGAUGUAAGCACUGCAGGAGCCUGUCCCACCCCCAGGCUUCCCCUCCUGAAUGCUGUGGAUAAAAGACACAGGAAAGAAAGGACACAGCCCUGGGUGUUCUCUUAUGGUGCUGCUCAGGGGAUGCUCCACGAUGUCCUGCAGCCCUGCCUGGGGCGUGGACUCAGCCCCAGCACAUGGACCAUAGCUCUUCAAGUGGCACUGCUGCAGAAGGGAGCUCCACCAGGCUCCAGAGAAUGAGACAGAGGCGUCCCUGCUUGAGAAAUGCAGCUGCCUUUGAAAUUGCUGCUGCCUUGACCCUCCACAUCGCUGUAAGGGUGUAGAUUCAUCUGUGCAACUACCCCACCGUGCCCUCCCCAUCCAGCCGUCCACCAUGCCAGAGCUGGCAGAACUGAGCAGCCCCCGCACCCCUGUGGAUGCAGACCACAUCCAGAGGAACAUCUUGGAGGAGCAUGUGGAGCUCUGGUGGUUCCAGGACCCCAAGAAGUCCAUCCUGUGCUAUGGGAUGGCUGUGGUGCUGAUUCUGGCCUGCGGGAUUGGUGGCAUCAUCCUGCUGUACAGCACCAGCAGCCGGUCUGGGGAGUGGAGGCUGGCUGUGGGCACCACGCUCUGCCUCCUGGCCCUGCUCGUGCUGCUGAAGCAGCUGCUGAGCUCUGCAAUCCAGGACAUGAACUGCAUCCGCAGCCGGGAUCAGAUCGAGCUCCUGAAGAGCGGGGGCUUCUCGGACUGCCUGGUGCUGCUGCUCAGCGCCCUGGUGCUGGUGGUCUGUGGGGUCGUGCUCACCAUCCUCUCCACCACGACCAUGCAGCUGAGCCCUGCACGGCCGCUGGCCAGCAUGUUCACCAGCGGGGUUGUCCUCCUGACCGCUGGCAGUGCCAUCCUCCUCUGCCUGCUGCUCUACCUGCUCUGCACCUCCUGUCGCCAGGCUGCUCCUCGGAGCCUGGAGGCCGGUGAGAUCCGUGUCUUCACCAUCUCUGGCCGUCUCGCUGCGAACAGGCGGCUUCCUCCCACCUCCAGCAUGGCCAACCUGAUCUGACCCAGGACACCCCUGCGUGAGCCUCACUGGAUACAACCCAUCAACAGGGCUUGUGCCAGCCUUUCCUGAAGGAAGGGUGAGCGUUGCAGUGUGCCUUUGCUUCUUUCGGAGAUGACUGGCAUUUGCUUUGCCCCAAGCUGACGGCACAGCAGGGACUUGGGGUGUGUGAAUGGGCUCUUGACCUGACGCGUUAGGAGCACAGCACUGGCCUGGCUGGUGUUUUAUCUCCACAAAGCCUCCUGUGGCAGCUGCUGCCCACCCGGCUGUGAUCCCUGUCACAAAGUUAAGGUGAGCCUGUCCUGUAUCCCUGGGGACCCCAGAACUUGCUUGGUUCCUGCAGUUCCCAGAGCUGUGUCAUGUGCUCUCCUGGCAGGAGAGGCUGUGAUUGCAGGUGGUAUAAAACCACCCUGUGCUUUGUGCAGAGCCGCCAACUCCUGAGCAAGGUAGAGCCUCUAGCAGCUGAUGAAUGGCAGGAAAUAUUCUGCAUGUCAGCAGGCAUGCAGCGCAAGUGAAGGGAGCUUGGUGGGAGGUACAGCUGCAGGGGCUGCUCCCGACAAAACAUCUGCGCGUCUGUGGGAGCGAGCGUGGGAUCUUCAUGGGAUGUCUGUGCCAGAGCCCCAGCAUGGCUGGACCCCACAUGAAACGCUGUUUGUGUUUGCAAUGCCAGGAUCUGUUUCAAUGUUACAUUUCGGCAGCCCACCACCUUCUGUGGUUUAUCAAAGGGGUGAUCAAAGGGUGUUGGUGUCAGCCCUGACGGGUUAUCAGUCUGGACUGUGCUGGGGCUCUGUUAUCAUGCCAAAGUGCUCCAGCCACAUGAGCCACAAGCCACAAGGUGCAGUCACUGGGGGAUGGUGAAGGGAACAUGCUGCUCUGCAAGGGUGGUGCGAGGCGGGAGUGCUGUUGCCCUCUGACAGGAGUUUCCCAAGCAAGAGGCACCCCUGCUGCCGCAGGAGCGCUGCAGCUCAAGACAGUCCCUGCCUGUUCUGUCUCCCAAAGUGCUGCAGCUGCUGUGGGGCAGAAAAGGUCUUUUGAUACCACUUGGGCCUUACCUGGAGCUUUUUUUAGUGUUUUUAUCUCUAGAAGGUAGCUAUCACUGAGGUGUCUUUCCCAGAGGCAGAGUAACAGCUCGCCUCGGGAGCUUUUCCUGUGACUUGAGGCUAAUUUACCUGUCAAAAUUCUUAUUUGCUCCAUGUACCCAUGAACCAUUUCACAGUCCUUUCCACAGACACAGAUCCUAACCUCCUAGCAAAGCUGCUUCUGCACAACGUUCUUUUCAUCUUCCAGUCUGCUCCUGUCUCCCCCUCACAUAAACUGCUCUGCCUCAGCUGUUAUUUUUGCUCAUUAUUUGCUAAAUUCGCUCUGUAAUGGAACUAUUAUUUUUUGGUGCCUGGUAGAAAAUUUAUUGGAAGAGGAUAGUAGCUCAUUCUGUUAGUAACAGCACAAAUCACUGUCCAUAUUACACCUGGAGGCAGUGUCAGAGUUCAGCAUCAAUGAACCCCACCAGCUAUACGCUGGACAAUGAGGACUUCAUCCCUUUCCAGCUCCAGACCACACUGUCCCCAACAUACUCAGGUAGCAUGAGGGCAUUUCUGUAUUCAUCCACUCUUGUUCUGCUCCUGAUGGAUUUCCUUCCACAGAAGCCUUGGAUUUUUUUCCCCCAAAGUACAGGAACAUCAUUUUAGCUUUUAUUUCUGGAUCUCUGUUAUUUCUACAUUUUCCUUUGCCACUUUCACAUCAUCCAUAGAUUUUAUUAAACUGCUGUUUCCUCAUCUCUUUGCAUCACUUCCCUCAAUCUGCCCAAGAGCUCAGAGGGUGAUACCAAGCUCAGGUCUUUCUGUGCUAAAUCCUAUGCGAAGCAAAAAGCUGUCCUUCCUUUCCAGGCUCUGAUGCCAGGUCCAUCAGGGACCCCUGUGUGUGCAUAGGGAGGGACAGGCCAGAGCUGGACAGUUUUGCACCAUCACCAUUCCUGCUGCUCGGCACAUCUGUGUUGGUGCAUGUGCAGUUAAGCCAGGCUGCACCACCUCUGCCUGUUGCAGUGCUUUAGCAGUUACUCCCAGCUCCCCUAACCUGCACAUGUGGACAGGCCGCAGCUGCCUGCACACCAGCUGUUUUGCACAUCUGGGCAUUUCUGUGAAGAUGUAUGACUGUGCCCAGCUUGCAGCUCCAUGCUGCCUGCAUGCUAAUGUGAAUCCUCCCCUCCAUAGCCCCUUCAAAAUGUGCACAAAGUGCUCAUGAAUUGUGUCAGAAAAUGAUGUUCAUGGGCUGCAACAGCAACCCAAGGAAAUAAUGUCUGAGCACAGGCUGUCCCUGAAGAUGGUGGUCUGGGUGUCUGGCUGUCCAGAUGGACAGCCUGCGCUGCCCCAGGCACUGGGCCACCUCUGCAGCAGCGGUACUGUCUUGUUCCUUUUUUAGUCCCUGUGUUGUGUAUGGAAAUACAUAAUAAAG